AAGUAUCACAAAGUUGAAGGAAGAAAACUGACAAAGGACGAGUUUCGAAAAAUUGUUGGUGAUCUAAUUCGUGAAUCAGGAGUUACUGGAUUUGGAGCCAAAGAUACAUUGUUUUAUCUAUUUGGAGUUCCUGUGACAACAUUAUUUAUCAAGCAAAGAAUAAAGCCACAAGCAAUUUCUGAUGAGAUUUUCAUUCCUGCUGUUACUUCUGCUACUGUACUUGUUCUUGCCAAAUUCAAUAAGGUCUAAGAAAUCAAAACAAUUUCUUCAGUUUUACCGAUUCGAAUAUGUACGGUAAUAACUAUGCUUCAGUCUCAAACAAGUUUGAAGAACUGAUCAGAAUAUGUAGCAACAAUUAAAUGCAAUCAUUUGACACUUUGUAUCUUCUUUUUAAAUCCAGUUAUCUGUUUAAGUUU